AUGUCCAAUCAAAUGGGGUUCUCCCCACCACCCCGGCAGGCGCUGGACUCCAGCUUUGUGGAGACCAUCCAACAACUCUUGGGCACCAACAAUGAGAUCAGAAAUGCAGCAGAGCAACGGUACGACACAGCGAAGAGGAACGAGCCCGUUCAAGUUGUCGCAUCACUCGUCAGGGUUCUUCAGCACUCAGAGCUCGAAUUAGCUGUGCGUGAACAAAGCGCCGUGCUCCUGAGGCAGUGCUGCAGCAAGGUCAAGGACACGGACUCGACAUGGCAGAAACUGGGUGCUAACCAGGCGGAUGUGAAGGAGCAGCUCUUGCAGCUCCUGGAGGCUGAGCCGGCUACCCAAGUGCGCAAGAAGGUGUCAGACUGCAUUCAGAGCCUGGGCAACCAGAUUAUUGACAUUGAAGAAGACCAGCGGCCAGUGAACCUCCAGGAGUGGCCCACGCUGAUGCCGAGCCUCUUCCGCAUGAUCUGCGACAAGAGCAAGGACAGCAACCUCAGGGCAGAUUGCCUUUGGAUCGUGAAGGAACUGGCCUGCUCUGUGUGGCAGAUGCUAGUGGCAAACACCACGCAAAGUGGACAGGUGUUGCAGACUUGCUUAGAGGAUCCUGCUGAUCCUGUUCGUGCAGAAGCUGCUGCUCUUGUCACAUCGCUUGUGGACAGCAUUGAAAGAAGAGAGGACCGCAAGCCUUUCCAGCAUCUCGUGCCAGAGGUGAGCCGAGUCACAGCUGCGCUGGCAUCAGGCAGCGAUGCCAAGAAUCUGAACACGGUUCUGCUAUCCUUCCAAGCAACAGAGGCUGCAGACUUUUUCAAACCGCAUAUCGCCUCGCAUUUGAUGCCGGUGCUUUGCGGAAUUGCGAAGUCGCACCAGGACGAGUCUUCUCGAAAGUAUGCCUUUGAGGUGAUUAUAUCCUUCAUGGAGAGCAAGCCCAAGAUGAUAGUCAAGAUUCCGCACUACAUUGAACAGGCACUAGAUCUCUGCAUUCAUUUCAUGAUGCAGCUCAACGAUGAUGUCGCGACAUGGAUGCAGGAGGACGAUGAAGCCGGAGAAGAUGAUGAAGAGGCCUUCACUUUCGGCAAAGAAGCCGUCGAUCGACUCAGCCGCUGUGCUGCCAAGGUGGAUGCGUUUCCACCCAUGUUGGAGGUCUUGAAGCAGGCUGUGACAAAGUUGCUCCAGACAGGUGAGUGGAAGCAGGUAGUUGCUGCGGUUUCCACCCUCUCAAUGAUUGCAGAGUAUGUGGACGAUGAGGCCACCGUGUCACAAAUGAUGCAGGGCAUUAAGAUGCAGCUGGCAGCGACCCACGCGCGAGUUCGCUACACAGCUUGGGGUGCAGUUGCACAAUUCUCUGAGGAUCAUUCAGAUGUGCUCAGUUCAGAGGUUUGGGCUUCGCAGCUGCUCCCAGAGUUCUUGAAAGGCCUAGACGAUCCUUGCGAGCGGGUUUGCCUUCGAAGCAUGGAGGCCUUCCAGCACUUUGGAGAGUCUGUCGAAAGGGAGGACCUGGAGCCUUUUGUCCAAGCAAUGAUGGAGAAGCUAGCCUCCAAAAUGCAAGGAAGCGUUCGCAAGCAGAAGAAGGCGAUUACGUUCAUUGCAGUCAUUGCUGGACAGGUGGAUGAUGCUUUCGCUCCAUAUUAUGGACACCUCAUGCCAGUGUUGAAGCAGGUGAUUGAGACGACUUUGCACAAGACGGAGGAGAGGCAACUUCUGGGGAAAUGCUUUGAAUGCAUAUCCCUUCUGGCAAGAGCAGUUGGCCGCAAUGGCUUCCGCUCAGAUGCAGAGCAGAUCAUGCAGGCCAUGAUCCAGGCGACAAAGAUGCCAAACUUGCCAGCGAAUGAUCCGGUCAAGGAGUACAUGAUGGCUGCAUCGGAAAGGAUAUGUGGAACGUUGAAGGAGGACUUUUUGCCGUUUGUGUCGCACAUUCUGCCCGGAGUUCUCGAGAAGUUCACUCUGGCACCUCGGGAGUUCACCGGCGGUGAUGAGAUCGAUGACAAUGACGAGGUCAACUUGACGCUUAUGCAAGAGAACGGACAGGUCAAGGUCAUGAUCAUGUACUCCUCCGAGAUCCAGGACCUGAAAGCAGCACUGGAGUGUGUACAUACGUUUGUGGAGCAGCUUGCAGCCUUGUAUGCUCCGUUUGUGGGGGAGACGGCCAAGGCCUUGCUUCCUGUUUUCGACUUUUGCAUGGAAGAUGGCAUCAGGGACUUGGCCUUUGAGACGUGGGGCCAGCUGUGUCGCAGCGCGCGACAGGGUGGUCAGGUCCCGAUUGUAAGUGAGCUUGUCAUGGAGUUCCUCAAGCGCGUGCUUCCGAAGUUUGAAGCCGCCAAGGUGGACGUGGCCGAGCUCAAAACGAGUGCGGAUGGGAUGACAGCUUGCCUGAAGGAAGCCGGCCCUGGAAUCCUACAUGCCGAGCAGCUCCGCCACAUCUGCCGGACAACGCUCAGUGCUCUGGCUGAGUCACUGAAGCGGCGCUCCGAGGCAGCGAAGGGCCGGCCUGGAGCACCCCAGCAACAUCCAGAUGAGGACGGAGAGGAACAAGAUGACGACGAGGAGGACGAGCAGGCACUCCGAAUAUCCAUGUGCGAAGUUGCGGGAUCGUUGAUGCAGCACCAUGCCGAUACCUUCAUAGCCGAGAGCUUUUCAGACUAUCUGACACUCGUUGUUCAGUGGCUCCAGCCAACUUCUUGCAAAGAAGACCGGAAGCUGGCACUGUUUGUGAUUUGUGACUUUCUUGAGCACUUGGGCGACAAGGUCGCUGCCCAAUGGCCGCAGUUUGUGCCAAAGCUUGUCGAGGACAUCUUGCACCCAGAUGCAGAGCUGCGUCAACCCGCGUGCUAUGGUGUGUACCUCGCAGCAAAACUGCAGGCUUUCUCGCCUUUGGCGCUAGAUGCAGCAAACAAGCUGUCCCAGGUUGUGACCCAGUCCAGGCAAAGAUCCAAGAAGAAAUCUGAAAAGAUAGCGCAGGCUUGUGCAGACAAUGCGCUGUCUGCCAUCAUCGAGAUCCUCCUAGUCCACCAGCAAGCGAUUGCUUCAGUUCAGGCGCAUGUCUGGAAUGUUUGGCUGGGUGGCUUGCCCUGCCAGGAAGAUGAGAGCGAAGGCAUCCGAAAUCACCGCAAGCUUCUCGAACUCCUUCAACAGGAGAAAGCCGAAGUGGUCGGUGAAGGAGGUGCAAACGUGCCCAAGCUCUUCGGGAUUCUGGUUGAUGUGUACAAAACCGACAUGGCAGACGAGGCCACCUCCUCAAACAUCGGGCAAUUUGCACUUCGGCUGGGUGAGUCCAAGCUGGAGAGCUUCGCUGCUCAGUUCAGCGAGAAGCAGAAGAAGAAGCUGCUCAGAAUAGUGAGGGAGGCAUGGUGGUUGAUGGCGGUUGUACAUCGUGCUCAUUUCUUGGAGGUCGCUGCCACUUUGCUUGUGUCUAUGCCACCGUUCCCGCUGAGCAGCUUUGCGGCUAGAAAGGGUAGUUCGGGAUGA